UUCGACAACUUUUAAGGUCUUGAUACAAAAUAUCAAUAAUAUAGAUUCAAUGCAUAAAAAUUUCUUCAAACUUUUAUUGGGUAAAUUUCACAAAUGGUACCUGAACUUUAGCUGGAAUUUCGAAGUAAUACCUGAACUUCAAAUCCUUUCACAAAAAUCCCUGAACUUACACAAUCCUUUCACUAAUGAGCCAUUAGCCCGUUUCUAGGUUAACUUCCGGUCAUUAGGGCCAAAUUCGAAUUUUAUAUAUUUUAAAAUUUUCAAUUUGACCCCAUUUCUUCUUUUCUUUUCUUCCACGCCCCGCCGCCGCCGCCCGCCGGUCAAAGUCGCCGGAAAAUGAACUUUUUCCGAUUCCGGCGGGACCAAUGUCAUUCUCUUCGUAUUGAGACGAGGAUCAAUAAUAUCCAAACCAUUUUGUCUAAUUUGGCCUGUAACUUCUCGAAUCUGAAUUUUUCUACUCGAAAAAACCCUAAAAUUCGAAAUUGGAUCCAAAAUUGGGGGUUUUGCAAAUCUUCAUCAAAUCUUGCAAUUGAUGGGUCCUUGGAGGUCGCCCGGAUGCCACGACCGCAUUGGAGUUGGUGCCCGCCGUCAAUUUCGCCGGAUUUAGCUCGAAAACGCUCCGACCCGCCGGAAACCGCCGCAUUGGAUCAUAGAUUCAUAGUUCGUACUUGUUUGACAGAGAACAUGUAUAGGGUAGCUGGGGCAUCAGAGUACUUGGCCAUUACAGGCUUGGGGAUCCAUGACGUGAAGAUUGCCAAGAAGGCAUGGGUUUUACCCGGACAGUUGUGCAUGAGAUUCGACAUCUCCCCGGUGAACUACACCUUCGAAGUCCAGGCGAUGAGCGCCGAGAAGCUCCCGUUCAUCCUCCCAGCCGUCUUCACGAUCGGCCCUCGGAUUGACGACCCUGAGAGCCUCCACAAGUACACCAAGCUCAUCGCCCCCCACGACAAGCACUCCAACCAUGUCAACGAGCUCGUCCAGGGCAUCAUCGAGGGUGAGACCCGUGUCCUUGCCGCCUCCAUGACCAUGGAACAGAUCUUCAAGGGCACCAAGGAGUUCAAGAAGGAGGUUUUUGAAAAGGUCCAGCUCGAGCUCGACCAGUUUGGGCUCCUCAUUUACAAUGCUAAUGUCAAGCAGCUGGUCGAUGUCCCCGGGCACGAGUACUUCUCUUACUUGGGCCAGAAGACCCAGAUGGAAGCCGCCAACCAAGCCAAGGUCGAUGUGGCCGAGGCCAAGAUGAAGGGAGAGAUCGGAUCCAAGGAGAGGGUGGGGGAGACCCUUCAGAAUGCAGCCAAGAUUGACGCCCAGACAAAGAUCAUAUCCACUCAGAGGGAAGGGGAAGGCAAGAAGGCCGAGGUGCGCGUGAAGACCGACGUGAAGGUGUACGAGAAUGAGCUGGAGGCGGAGGUUGCCCAGGCGAACUCUGAACUGGCCAAGAAGAAAGCCGCGUGGGCGCAGGCGGCUAAGCUUGCAGAGGUGGAGGCAAGCAAAGCUGUGGCAAUGAGAGAGGCAGAACUGCAGAAGGAGGUGGAGAAGAUGAAUGCUUUGGGCACAACGGAGAAGCUCAAGGCUGAGUUCUUGAGCAAAGCCAGCGUUGAGUAUGAAACCAAGGUGCAAGAGGCAAACUGGGAGCUGUACAAGAACCAGAAAGAGGCAGAGGCAAAACUCUUCCAGAAAGAAAAGGAGGCAGCGGCGCAGAGGGCUAUAGCGGAGGCAGAGCUUUUUGCUUGCCAGCAACGAGCAGACGGAGAAUUGUACAGCAAGCAGAGGGAGGCAGAGGGGAUGGUGACCCUCGCUCAGGCUCAGGGGGCAUACUUGCGCACGCUGCUGGAUGCAUUGGGAGGAAACUAUGCUGCAUUGAGGGACUACUUGAUGAUCAACGGCGGAAUGUUCCAAGAGAUUGCGAAAAUCAAUGGCGAGGCCGUCAGAGGGCUUGCGCCUAAGAUUAGCAUUUGGAACAAUGGCAGUGAAGCUGGAGAUGCAAGCGGCGGCAAUGGGGCCAUGAAGGAAGUUGCAGGUGUCUACAAGAUGCUUCCGCCUUUGUUCAAGACUGUUCAUGAGCAAACUGGGAUGCUGCCACCUGCUUGGAUGGGUACUUUGGCUGACUCGGAGGCAUAGAAUUUCUCUCUACUUAUAUUUCACUAUUUAA